UUUCUUCUAAUCCGACAGGUGGCGCUGCCGCAUGACGAGAUAGGCGCUUUUACCGGAAGACAAGUAGUGAUUGCAAGCGGCAGCUUUCCGUGUUCUGCAGGCCUUUCCUUGAAUUGUGGUGGAAGAGGAGUGAAAAUAAGGGGAAAAUGGGUUUCGUCAAGGUGGUGAAAAAUAAAGCCUAUUUCAAGAGAUAUGAAGUGAAAUUCAGAAGAAGAAGAGAGGGGAAAACUGACUUCUACGCCCGCAAACGGCUGGUUGUUCAGGACAAGAACAAGUACAACACCCCCAAGUACCGGCUGAUUGUCCGACUCUCCAACAGGGAUAUCUGCUGCCAGAUCGCCUACUCAAAGAUCGAGGGAGAUCACAUCGUGAGCGCCGCCUACUCCCAUGAGCUGCCCAAAUACGGGAUCAACGUGGGGCUCACCAACUACGCUGCGGCGUAUUGCACCGGACUGCUGCUGGCCCGGAGGCUGCUGCACAAGUUUGGCAUGGAUCAGGUGUACGAGGGCCAGGUGGAGGUGACGGGAGAUGAGUUCAACGUGGAGAGUGUGGACGGACAGCCGGGCGCCUUCACCUGCUACCUGGAUGCUGGGCUGGCCAGAACCACCACAGGGAACAAAGUGUUUGGAGCGCUGAAGGGGGCAGUGGAUGGAGGCCUGGCCAUUCCUCACAGCUUGAAACGCUUCCCCGGUUACGACACAGAGAGCAAAGAGUUCAACGCGGAGGUGCACCGAAAGCACAUCAUGGGUAUGAACGUAGCGGAUUACAUGUCCUACCUGAUGGAGGAGGACGAGGACGCCUACAAGAAGCAGUUCUCCCGCUUCAUCAAGAACGGAGUGACACCGGAUAUGGUAGAAGAGAUGUAUAAGAAAGCACACGCCGCCAUCAGAGCCAAUCCCGUACAUGAAAAGAAACCCAAUAAAGAUGUCACAAAGAAGAGGUGGAACCGCGCCAAGUUAUCCCUGGCACAGAGGAAGAACCGCGUUGCCCAGAAAAAGGCCAGCUUCUUACGAGCGCAAGAACAAGAAGCAGGGGAUGGUUAGGGGAAGAACAUGUCAGAAAAAUAAAUCUAUUAAAGUCAA